UUUGAAAAAAAUAAUAGAUAAUCACAUCAAUUCAUGAAAUGUGUGAGAAAAUACCCAACUUUAAAAUCAAGCACAAAAAUUAAUAUCCAUCAAUUCACAUCAAACUGUAUUUUUCCUGCUCAUUUUUCCCCGCUCCAUCUUCCUCAUUCCUCAACUAGGGUUCCGACUCCUUUCCUGCGAGCCCGCCAAACUUCCACGGUUAAGAUGAGGCCAAUUUUCUGUGGGAACUUUGACAUUGAAACCAGACAGAGUGAGCUGGAGAGGCUCUUCAGAAAAUAUGGAAAUGUUGACAGGGUGGACAUGAAGUCUGGAUUUGCUUUUGUGUAUAUGGAUGAUGAAAGAAAUGGUGAUGAUGCUGUACGAAGACUUGACCGUCUGGAAUUUGGCAGAAAAGGACGUAAGCUCCGUGUUGAGUGGGCAAAGGAAGAACGAGGCAGGCGCCAUGAGAGUACCAGGAGAUCUACCAGUGGCACUAGGAUUUCAAAGACUUUGUUUGUCAUCAAUUUUGAUCCCUACCAUACUCGGACAAGGGACUUGGAGAGGCACUUUGAGCCAUAUGGUAAAAUACUCAACAUAAGGAUCCGAAGGAAUUUUGCAUUCAUUCAGUUUGAAACUCAAGAAGAUGCCACUAAAGCAUUGGAUGCUACACACUUGAGUAAAGUGAUGGAUCGUGUCAUUACUGUGGAAUAUGCUAUCAAAGAUGAUGACGUGGGUGAUGGGAGAAACGGACGCAGUCCUGAUAGAGGUCGUGACAAGUUUCAAAGAAGGGAUGGUAAUGACCGGGAACGAUCUCGAAGCCCGUAUAGGAGAGAGAGGGCCAGUCCUGACUAUGGUGGGGUUCAUAGGUCCAGUCCUGACUAUGGUCGGGGACAUAGGUCCAUUCCAUAUCAUAGAGAAAGGCACAGUCCUGAUUAUGGUUGUAGACCUGGUUCAAGCCCAGCUAACAGUAGAAAGGAAAUUGAAUCGGCCUGUGACCGUAGUCCUAAUGUUAAGAAGAGGAGGUAUUCUGGUAAUGGAAGUGCUUCUAGCCACAGUCCUGUACGGGAGAGGGCUGGUCCCGGCAAUGCCCGUGAACGUAGUCCAAACAACAGUGGAAGGGAUUUUGAACGGGCCUGCAACCGUAGUCCAGAUGGUAGUAGGAAUGAGAGGUAUUUUGGUAGUGAACGGGCCCAUGACCAUAGUCCUAAUCACAGAGGAAUUAAUUUUGAACGGGCCCGUGACCGUGGUCCAAACUACAGAGGAAGGGAUGUUGAACAGGGCCGUGACCUUAGCCCUAACCACAGAGGAAGGGAUUCUGAACGGGCCCAUGACCAUAGUCCUAAUCACAGAGGAAGGGAUGUUGAACGGGGCCGUGACUGUAGUCCACACCACAGAGGAAGGGAUUCUGAACAGGCAAGUGACCGUAGUCCUAAUCACAGAGGAAGGGAUGUUGAACGCGGCGCCCGUGACCGUAGUCCGAAUCACAGAGGAAGGGAUGUUGAACGGGCCCGUGACUGUAGUCCACACCACAGGGGAAGGGAUUCUGAACAGGCCAGUGACCGUAGUCCUAAUCAAAGAGGAAGGGAUGUUGAACGCGGCACCCAUGACCGUGGUCCUAAUCACAGAGGAAGGGAUGUUGAACGGGCCCGUGACUGUAGUCCACACCACAGAGGAAGGGAUGUUGAACAGGCCAGUGACCGUAGUCCUUACUACAGAGGAAGGGAUGUUGAACGGGCCCGUUACUAUAGUCCACACCAAAGAGGAAGGGAUGUUGAACAGGCACGCGACCUUAGUCCAGACAUUAGCAGGGAGAGGGCUGGUCCUGAAAAUGGGCAUGCUAACAGUCCUCCAGAAAGGGGAGGUCCUGAAUAUACUCCUGGACACAGCCCGAGUCAUCAAAGAGAAAUACAAGAGAAGUCAAGUCAUCAAGGUGGAAUUGAAGCGCCUGGUUUAAACCCUGAAAUAAAUGAUCCUGAGUUUAGGAGGGAAAGUCAAAGUCCACAUGAAAUAUACAAGAGUCGUUCAUCCUCAUCCUAAGAGAGUUCUCCCUGUUGAUGAAAUUCAUGGAAUGUGCUGCUGUGUGCUGGUCCAGUGCUGUGAUACCAUUUCUUCUUUACCUUUGUCAUUUCAGAUGUUCGUUUUGAUAUUUACCAUUACUGCAUUUUACCUGCAAUGGCCGACACCUUUUUCUGCCUUGGGUUGCAUUUUAGAUGUUUGAAUAUUGGAACUGGUUAUUCAAUUUUUUAUGGGGAGACUUUGGUCCUUUAGGUAUUGUUGGCGCCUUCGGGUGAAAACAUAUGAACAAAGAGUGUUUUGGACC